AUGAUGUCUGAAAAAACAGUUCUUAUUACUGGCUGUUCAGACAGCGCACUGGGCUCUGCCCAGGCUGUUGCAUUCCAUCAGUGCGGUUAUCGCGUGUUUCCGACUGCACGAAACCCUGCAAAAUUAUCCAAUGCUAAGGGCGCUGGGAUUGAGACACUAUCGUUGGAUGUUCUCUGCGAUACCUCGAUCAAGGAAUGCGUUGAACAAGUCCACAAGCUGACAGGAGGAAGCCCUCAUAUACUGGUCAACAAUGCCGGUGCGACCUACUUCUCUGCAUUAACAGAUGCAUCGAUCCCAGAUGCAAAGAAGCUAUUCGAUCUCAACGUCUGAGCCAAUAUUUCCAUGAUACAGGCAUUCCUGCCGCUACUGCUCAAGUCCACGCGUGGUAUCAUCGUCAAUCAUACCCCGAUUGCACCUGUCGUCGCUCCACCAUUUACAGGCCUCUAUGCAACAUCCAAAUCAUCUCUCACCAUAUUGACUGUCUCUCUCCAUGCUGAACUAUCGCCAUUUGGCCUCAAGAUCGUCGCUAUUAAAUCCGGAACCACACAAUCAUAUAUAAGCAGCAACCAGCUCAACAUAUCGCCUACUGCCUCGAAGAGCCCACUCUACUACCUAGCCCGGGACAGGCUGAAUGUUAUAUACAGCGGGAAGCCCUUCGACGACGGCGCCACUCCGACUAUGAAUGGGCGAAAAAGAUUGUAGCUGGUCUAUCGCGACCGAAUCCACCGGAUACCAUCCGGGCUGGUGCUUUGUCGUAAAUAUUCUGGUUGGGGUCGUGGUUGCCGAACAGUAUUUCUCGAUCGCCGAGAAAUGCAUCUCGUGUUGAUCUGGUGACGAGAAGUAUAGAGCAGUAUGAGAGGGAAAGGGUGAUUGCAGAUGUUGAUGGCAGUGCAUGAGUAGAUCUAGGGGAUAGGAAGUAGAGAUCUCCGGUUCUUAUAUUAUGUCAGAGAUUGAUGUACUUUGCGUAAAAAAACACUAAUAUCACCGAUACAUAAUAGUAAACAAUA